AUGCCACCCAAGAUACGCCUCAAGACUUCCGAGGAAAUGCAGGCUCAAAGUCUGGCACCGCCGGCAGAAUUAUCUCGGAAACGACCAGCAAACAAUCCAGCUGUUAGCGACAUGUCCAAAAAGCAACAGCGAAUGUCCAAAGAAUUUUCCAUAGAUACCAGCGAUACCGGCAGGAAGUUGACGGAAAAAUUCAAAGAAGUCGGAAAAAAUAUGGGCGAGUUGCAAGACGAACAAGGCAAGAUUGUGGGGAUAUUGGAGCACAAUUCGAAGCAGCUGAACGACGUGGAGGAAAAAGUCGAGAAAAUUUCCUCGCAAAACGAUGAGCGGGAGAGAGAAUUCAAAGAUGAGCUAGGAAAGCGGCCUACGAGCGCCGCUAUCAACAUCACUUUCGAGAAGUUGAAAGUGGAGCAAAGGCAAUUCCACGGCGAGCAAAAGCAAGACAACGAGAACUGGAAAAAUGAGCAGCUCCAAACCAAAGCUGCUGAGAAGGAUAAAUUGGACCUGGAGCAGCAGCAGCAAAAUGAAGCGAUUCAGCAAGUUCGCAACGAAUGUGGGGAGUGGGCAAAUAAGCAGCAGCAGCAGAAUGAAGCUAUACACAACAAUCAACGGCUGCAGGGAAAAAAUGUCGUCGCACUCGACGUGCGUCACCACGAGCUAGAACUCGAGUUCAGGAAUGCCGAACUGAGAAAUACGACCCUAAACCAGAUCGUCGUGCAAAACAGGAACGACACCGAACAACUUCGCAAGGAUAUGGAAGCCCGCUCCGUCACCACCACGGCUGCCAUGGAAGAAAUCAAGCGCGAUAUUGCUGCCCAGAUUGAGCAGCGCGCCCAGGCUAAUUACGAAACUGCUCUCGCUAAACUGCGUGAGGACUUCUCAACUACUCAAGCGUCACUAGAUAUGCAGAUUGAGACACUGUCAAGCCACCUCGAGGCGAUGGCAGAAAAGGACAAGGAGGUCAACAGGCUAUCCGAGGCCCUCAAAGUUACGAACAAGGGGCUCGAAAAACAAAUUCAAGCGAACACUGAGCUGCAGAACAGGGUGGAGACAUUGGAAGCCAGCGCAAAGAAUGCCAAUACCUUCAUCGAAUUAGCCAGAGAACAAAUCGAACCCGCACAGCGGAAAAUUGCCGAUCUGCAAGAAAAGCAAGCGGAUUGUGCUACGAAGACCGAGCUGGGCGAAGCAAAGGAUCGAAUCUCCGGAGUAGUCGAUGCAAUGAAAUCACAUGCUACCAAAGAGGACCUGGACGACUUCGGGACCGCCAUCGUCAAAGCCCUUCAGACUCCACCUCCACAAAAUCGACCAGACAUCAUCCCAACGCACAACGUACCGCCCUUGCAAACCAAACUCCUCAUCAUGCCCGCCCCAGAAGGACCUGACGAAUUCAACUUCAACAUCUUCCCCUCCCCACGCCCCGGCUCACGCAUGACUCCCAACGGCACGAGACCCUAUCCGUCUCCCCCAGCCGCAAAGCCACAGGACAUGUACCCCUCGCCCUCAACCCCCACAGUCACACCUCAGGCAUUACCGCGCGCGAAUCCACAGGCUCCGCCUCGCCAUCUAGGCCCUCCACAAUAUGGAGCUGAACACUACGCCAACAACACACAUGGGCCUUACAUGCAGCAGCAGCACCAACAGCACCAGCAGCGCCAGCAGCAGCGCCAGCAGCGCCAGCAGAAGCGCCAGCAGCGCCAGCAGCAGCAGCAGCAGCAGCAGCAGCAGCAGCAGGGGCAUCAGCAGGGGCAUCAGCAGGGGCAUCAGCAGGGGCAGCACCAGGGGCAGCACCAGCAGCAGGGGCAGCACCAGCCGCAGGGGCAAGCACCAGAGCGACGCGUUUCUUGGGUUUCGAGUGGACCGCGACAUCCUUUCGAGCUGGAAGGCGACGCGCAAGCUGGCGUUGUGGAUUUGACGCGCUGA